CCUCCCUAUCCGACUAGGCAUUUUCUGUCUGUUUCACUGCCUCUCCUCUCAGAUGAUCCAUCUGUCAGUCACCUGCAGCUGUUCUUUCACCGCAGCCUCAACAUGAGCCUACGAAAACUGGGUUUCAAGUGGUUUGGAAGUCUUACCGGUCUCUCUUUCCGUCGCUCCACUGAGAAGUCAGACUCCAAGUCCUCUCCAUCAAAGUCUAGAGAGGGAUCUGGGUCUGUGUUCGGAGAUGGCACUGACUGUGCUCCUCUCACUACGACAACCCUGGUUGCAGUUGUUGAGACCACGGUGGACGACAUGGAUGCUAUGCGUCCUCGCACCUCCAGCUACGUCCGCUCCAGUGAGAGUUACACACAUAUGGGGACGCUGCCACGGCUGCUGAUGAAGAGGAGGGACAAGAGUAAUAAAGGUAGCAGCAAGAAGAGUAAAGACAAGAUCAGCACAGGCAGCAGUCAAAGCCAGCCACCUGCAGGUGAACAAGAUGAUAGAAAACCCCACAUCACAGCUGCCUCAGCCAAAGAGGUUGAGGAUAUCCCUGAAAUCAAAACUGAGCCUCAACCAAGCAAAGAUUCUGACUUAGAUCCCCAAACCGGGCCUGAACCUGCAGAUGAAACCAGCAUCCCAAACUCUGAACCUGAAGCUGAAGAUUUGUCUCCAUCUAGUGGUUUAAGUGCUGCACUGCAACAAGAAACCUGUGACAGGCAAGAGACUGACCUGAACCCUGAAGAGACUCCAACACCUGUCCUUAGUCAGGAAGAGGAUCAGACCCAGAGUCAUACAGAGGAAGAUGAUGGUCUGUCUGUAGAGUCCAGACCUGCAGCUGAACCUAUGGAGGAGGCAGAGAAUGGAGAGAAGACUGAGAGGGCAGACAAAGAAAACCAGAAAACUGACAACAUGAGUGGCAACAUGGAGCAGGCAGAGAGCCAGGCCGAAUACGUCCAGUUCUCCAAGGAGAAGUACCUGCUGGAGUCUCCACCUGAGAAACUUCGUAAGGAGCUGGAAGAGGAGCUAAAACUGAGCCCUGCUGACAUUAGGAGCCAUGGCUGGUACCAUGGACACAUACCCAGAGAGGUGUCAGAGACUCUGGUUUUACGUAAUGGAGAUUUCUUGGUGCGUGACUCCCUGACCAGUGCUGGCGACUACGUCCUGACCUGUCGAUGGGAUAAUGAGGUGCUGCACUUCAAGAUCAGUAAAGUCCUGGUCAAAUCCAAUGAGACAAAGGUGCAGUAUGUGCUGGAGUCUGACAGUUUUGACUCAGUCCAGGAGCUGGUGCGGUUCUACGUGGGCCAGCGCAAACCGGUCUCUCAGUCCAGCGGCGUCCACAUCUACUGUCCUGUCAGCAGGACUCUCCCUCUACGCUACCUGGAGGCCACAUUCGCUCUGGCUAACAGCAAGCAAGGCUCCGCCUACUCACCGUCCAGUCAGAGAGGAGCAUACAUCAAGAGAAGAAGCGUCACCAUGACUGACGGGCUGACGACGGAGAAGAUGAUCCCUCACAGCGACUCAGACAGUCCCAGUCCGGUUCAGACGCCAGUGGCACCACCAGAACCAGAGCCGGAGCCUGUGCCUGACAGCAGCCCGUCGACAAUCCACCACCACAAAGACGCAAUGCGGAACUGUGCGAUGAGUAUGGAUCAGAUUCAGGAGUAUCGCUGCCCCUUGUCACCUGUCGGGGAAACCCCGCUAUCUCCUGCAUACACUGCUAUCACCAGGCAGAGAACCCACUCAGGCGGGCGCAUCCUCGCCGUCAUUCCGCCCUCUCCUGUGAUGCGGCGCUCCAGUGACCCUCAGCUCAGCCCCUCCGCCUGUGACAACCCUCCAGAGCAUCCCGCGCACACCUCCCACUCCGCACACUCCUCGCCCGCCCAUCAUCCCAGCUAUCAAUCACAUUCCUCAGAAACAGCAGGGAGUUACUGUGACCUCAGACUGUGCCCUGCCGGGCCCCCAAAACCCCCGACCAAGAGCUACGUGGAGCGAUUGAGAGUGGAGGAAGGGAGGCAGAAUGGAGGCAAGGAGGAGGUAGAGGGGAUGUUCAACAUGCCACAGGUGGAAGCGACAUCCUCGUUCAAACCAUCCAGGUACGAGUCUCGCCUGAUGCCAGCUGAGAAUAAACCUCUGGAGAUGUCGGUGCUGAAGAGAGUCAAAGAGCUGCUGGCUGAGGUGGAUGCAAGAACAGCAGCUAAACACAUCACCAUGGUGGACUGCACGGUGGCUAGAAUAUUAGGCGUAACCUCAGAAAUGCAAAGGAUGAUGGGAGUGUCCUCAGGGUUGGAGUUGCUGACACUGCCUCAUGGACACCAGCUAAGACUUGACCUACUGGAGAGAUUCUUCACCAUGUCGAUCAUGAUGGCGGUGGACCUGCUGGGCUGCACAGGGAGCACGGAGGAAAGAGCGGCUCUGCUCCACAAGACCAUCCAGCUGGCAGCAGAGCUGAAAAGCAGCCUGGGGAACAUGUUUGGCUUUGCUGCUGUGAUGAGAGCCCUAGAGCUGCCACAAAUUUCCCGCCUGGAGCAGACAUGGGUAACAUUACGCCAGAGACACACAGAGGGCGCUAUUCUGUACGAGAAGAAGCUCAAACCGUUCAUGAAGAACAUGAACGAUGGCAAAGAGUCUAGUGUUAUGUCCAACACCUCAUUCCCCCACAUUAUUCCCGUCCUAUCCUUACUGGAGCGAGGCAUGGCUCUCGGGGAGGCGCUGGAGCCAUGGGAGAGUGCAGAGGUGGGAGUAGACGUAGUCAUGUUCCACCUAGAGGCGGCCCGUACCAUCGCACAUCACGGGGGGAUCUACAGGAGCAAUGCCGAGACCAAACUGCAGGGAUUCCAGGAGCGAGCAGAAAUCCUCGAGAUCUUCCAAACCGAGUUCCAGAUGCGUCUGCUGUGGGGCAGCCGUGGCUCUGAAGGCAGCCAGUCAGAGCGCUACGAAAAGUUCGACAAGGUCCUAACUGCCUUGUCACACAAGCUUGAACCUCCGGUGCGCCACAGCGAGCUAUAGCACCUGCAGGGACACCCCCCCUUAUUCUGCACUUACCACUCAGUGUGGUAUGGUCUUGUUUUGCAUCACGAAGGAUGAUGUGGAAGAGUCCAACGUGAAUAACUGGGAGGUAUGAGAUGGAAAGAAGAGGCAGCUAACAGAGCGGGUGAAGAGAGCAAUAGGAAAACAGAAAAGAGGGUCUCACUUAUCAAACAUGUUGCACUCACCGUGGACGCUUCCGUAUGUUCCUCCAUGUGGACUUCCUCACUAAAAUAUUUAAACCUUAUGGGAUGUGAGACGAGCUGCUUGGAGAGAAGUAUAAGAGACUAAGAUGACCAGCUCAUCUGCUUGGAACAAACGGAAACAUAUGUACGAAGUGUCCUGAGGGCCAAACAGAGCUGCAGAGUUUGGCUUUGCACCAGUAAAACAGACACACUCUUGUCGCAAACAACUGCUGUCAAACACUGUAGCAGAGAUAAAAAACAAUAACCUGCAUAGCUCAUGUAUAGUUGUUCUAUCUGAGUGAAUGAGUAUUAGUGUGAGUUGACAUUCCUUCGUUUAUUGACAUGUUUUAUUUUUAUUUAUUUGGGUCUUAUGGUUCAAAGAAUACCUGAACAUCACGGACAUUUCUCAACCAAACUCACAAGAAUGUGUCAGCGCUCGUUCUGUCGGAGCCAUGUUCAUAAAACCUCAUUAAAUAUGUAGUGAGCAGUCCCAUUGAAUCCCAUUAAAAAUAUAUCAGGCAUGCAUUAAUAAGUGUAUCAGCAAUGAAACAUUUGCCAUACUAAUGCAGCAACUUAAAUAUGAGGGCUUUGUGAGUCGUUAAAAACACAAAGAGGACUAAUAUAUUUGAUAUUGUUUGUCUUGUGCACUAAAUCGAGCUAAAACAGCACUAUGACUUUAAACAGGAUUGUACUCUUUCAAUAAAAGCAAUGUUUCACUUCGUAUAAAUAUUUAUGAACUUGCUGUGGUAUGACUGCAGCAUUUGUUGUACAUUUCCAGAGCUAACUAAAUGCAUGUGGUUCUAAAUGUUAUACAAAGUGAACAGUUGCUUUAACUUCAUCAUAUACUGUAGAAUCCAGAGUAUCAGAUGCACUUUUAACCCCCUUUUUUCCACCCAUUUAAUCACCCCUGGAACUGCCUCCUACUGUGCAGUAUAACAGUAUUGAUAGUCUCGGCUGACACCUAGAUGAUUUAACUAGUUUUGUUAAUACAUAAGAUGAAAGAUAGUCGUUGUUUGCUGGAUGCACUAACUGAUGAGUAGACAUGCCCAAAUUAUUGUUACAGAAUCCCAAAGGAAACCCAGAGAAAAGCCUACAACAGUUAAACGCUAUCAGAUGCUCUGCUGUCUCUUUAGGUUACAAUAGACAGCAAUACUAAACAGAUCAAAUAUUGUAAACUUCACCAAAAUAAGACUGCUUUUCAACUGAUUUUACAGUGCCAGAACACUGACUGACAGCUAAUUUAUAGCUAUUAAGAUUUCUUUCUCUUCACUUCCCAAACAGUAGCACUAUUGGCCCAAACUCAUCAUAAAGCUGCCCAUAAUUUUGCAGACUUUCUUUCAGUGGAGAUAUAAGGCAAAUGCUUCUCCUCUACUGUAGAUGCACCAGUACAUAAACAUUACUAAAGCUAAGUUCUGGCUUGGACUUUUCAAAAUGUAUGCUAUUUCAAUUAGACAUGCACACGAUAGCCAGCUAAAUGGUUAAAUUCCUUAAUAAAAUUCUUAGUACCACCUUAGGCCCACAAUCAUGGUCUAACAAUUCACUAAACUGUAAUGCAGCAGCCCACUACUAGUUCCUCUUGUAACUGUUCUUCAUGACUACUGCACUGCUGCCAAAAUGUGAUUCAAUCUGAUGUAAACAACGGUAAACAGAUAGCGCCCAUAGCAUCUUGUAGGAACAGUGCAGUUUAGCACUAUUUUGAUCUCAGAUUAUACUCACAUGUAACCAAAGCACUGAGUGACAAUAUUCAGAGCAGGAAUGUGGAUGUUAAUGUGCAAAGAGGACUGAAAGGUGGGUGGCGGUAGCACUGCUAACUUUAGCCACAUUCUGCAAACCAACUUUGUCCCAUUACAGUGUAAAGUUGCUUUACAGAGUGAAUUUCUAGUCAGCUAAAUGCAAUUUUAAUCUGCAGUAACUGCAUCUGAAAUUGUUCACUUAGGAACAUCCCUAAUUUAAAUAUAGUCCUAGGAGCUGUAUAAGGGCCCAAAGUGACCAAAACAUACAGUUAGAAAAGAGAAGAGAUGGGCUAAAAUGCCCAAGUGCCACAGCACUACACAGCAGGGUAGGAAAUUAGUACCCAUCACCUCUUUAGAGCAGUUUUGGGUGAAUUUGUUUAACUUACCAGCCACUGGGAAAGGUAAAUAAAAGUAGCCUAACCUAUCAGUGGUUUUGUUACAGUAAACAGCAUAGAUUAAACUCCUUUUUUACUUUUUCCUGCCGACUGUGAACAAAGCUGAGUUAACCUUCUUGCUCACUUACCAAAAAACCUUGUCUCCUCCUCCCCAUGUCAGAGCUCAGAUAUGUACAGAAGGCUGUGUGCUGGGAUGGUUUGACACGGUAUCAUAUCAGAGUAGUUCUCCAUUGCAACUAAUGAACCAAUGCCAUGCCUUAAUUUUGCCAGGCAACUGCAGAAGUCAUGCACAAAAUUUUAAAAUCUAGCAAGUCGGACAUAAUGCAGGAAAAUGCCUAUGAAAUUAGUGUCCCUGUAGGAAGCACAGCAAACAUUUGCAUGGUUGAACACAGGACAAGUUUGGAUCAAUUAUAUACCAACUCUCUUAUUAAAUAGCCUAUAACUUGAAUACUAUAGGCCUUGGUUAUUGUAUCAUACCUUAUAGAAUAAUAUGGCUUGUUAGAAUAGAGUGGCAGGUAGAUGAUAAAGUUACAUUCUAUCUCUGCUACUUUUUUGCUCUCCAGCCAGUGCAGUUAUGUGGCUGAAAGCUAUAGUGACCAAUAAAUCAUUAUACAAUGCUGAGACUUGCACUGAAAUAACUUCAGUGAAGCCAACCUGAAGUUAUUAAAAUGCACCCAUAUGCAUUUCGGAUUGCAAGCAUCUGCUUUGCUACACAAAAAAUGUGCUAGCACAUAGCAACAAGGACCAGGCUGAUGGUGCCACUUUUUAACAGCUUUUCUCCCUUAUUGGGUUAUAGUCCUGCUGUGAAUGGAAACGGCAGUGUGAUUUUAGAUAAUUACUCAAAGGCUUUGGGUCCAUCUUUUAACAUUACGGUUCACUGAAACGUCAACUACUGCUCUGGUACCUAGCAAGAUCACAAAUUCCAAAAAGUGAGAAUAGAUGGUAUACGAAUUGCACAGGAAGUGGACUGUGGACUUUCAUAACACAAUGGAAAUUAUAACACAGGAAACCAGUAAAAAAAUCAUAUUUCCGUCAGGGAGACCCCCAAAAAAGACUGUCCUAUAAACCAGUGCAACUUGAACUCUGAAUUCUAUGGUAUUUAUAUCACUGUAUACAGAUGAUGUAGUUAUGUCUGUUAUUAAUCUGAAAUGAAACUGUACAGACAGAAAAAUAUCUCAUCUUUUCAUGUUUGUCAUUCAAAUAUAACACUGUACGCAGAUGAUACAGUCGUAUCCGUGCUGAACUUCAAUGACAAUGAACGCACAAAGAAUUUUCUUUUAAAUCUUAUUUUCAGUGAAUGAUAAAAAGGUCCCAAACUGAGCCAAAUAAGGAAAUGUUGACCACAUCCCUGAUGUAGAGAAUGUCUUUUGGUUAUAUGCUUUCAUUUUGUGUUGCAGCAAUAGAGCUACAGCCAUGGGAUUACAUUUUAGUCAACUGAUCCGUGGUCAAUCUAAUGCUGUGUGUGCAGCUUGUGGGCCUGAGAGGGCUGGAGCCAACUCUCAGAGAUAUGCAAUCAUUUCAACCAAGGGCUUAGACCCCUAAGGAACAAAAAAGCAUUCAGAAUGUUAGACAUUUUUUAUUUUUUACUCCCUAUGCCACCUUAUUUUGAAAAACUAUCCCAUGUUCUUCCGUACUUUAUCCAGAUCUUAAUAUGAAUGCAGUCAUUUCAGAUAUCAAGCAAACAUUCAAUCUGACAAUGUCAACCUUAGUAGAAUAUCAGAGAACCUUAAACAGACAUCUGGUUGUCUGCUUUCUGAUCAGCUGUACAGAUGAACGGUUCAUGAGGUGAGAUGUGCUAGUUCACUCUCUGAUCCAAUCCAAUCCAACAGGCAAUCUGUAGUCAGGAUAAAAGAUUAAUGAAUAAGUAACCCUGAAUCAUUAAUUGUAAUAAACUGAACAGGAAGACUCGUACACACAGCGAAAAAAAUAUUUUUUGUGUUUUGAGACCAAUAUUUGAUUUUCUAGGUUCAUCUUAUAUGAAACCUACUGGCUUAGGUUUGAUAUCUGAUAACACUGAUGGUGAAAAAGAGAUGAUAAUGAUGAUAAUGUGAUGAUUUUUUUUUUUUAAUUUGUCCUCUGUUGAAUGCUGUACAGGAACGCUCUGACCGUGCGUGGACUCUCCUGUUUUUUACAACAGGACUGUGUGAGAUGAACUUAAAAAGCAAAAAGACAAGACAGGUCUGAUCUCGUGUUUUUUUUUUUUCUUUUUUUU